UACGAGCCAUCAGAAAACACCGUUGCCACCAUGCUGUCCCAGCUAGCAAUAUUGUUCAUCGGACUGGCAAGCGCUCUCGGUUGCCGCACUGGAACCGAAAUCGUAUCGAAUCAAGAUUGGUGGAAAACUACCGCCUUCUAUCAAAUCUAUCCAAGAAGUUUCAAGGACAGCGAUGGGAACGGUGUAGGGGAUUUGAACGGCAUCACGAGUAAGCUGGAUCAUCUGGUGGAUGCAGGUGUUGGUGCUCUUUGGAUAUCCCCAAUUUACCCGAGCCCAAUGGCUGACUUUGGUUACGACAUAUCGAACUUCGUGGACAUCGAUCCGCUGUUCGGGACCCUAGACGACUUCGACGCACUUGUUGCAAGGGCAAAGCAGCUUAACCUCAAAGUUAUUCUUGACUUUGUGCCAAAUCACAGCUCUGACGAGCACGAGUGGUUUAAGAAAAGCGUUCGACGCGAGGAUCCGUACACAGACUACUACAUUUGGCGUGAUGGAAAGAAUCCAGAUGAUACCGGGAAGUAUGAGCCACCGAACAAUUGGCUUAGUACCUUUCAAGGAUCUGCUUGGGAAUGGAAUGAAGAAAGAGGCCAGUUCUAUCUUCACCAGUUUGUGAAAGGUCAGCCUGACCUCAACUAUAGGAAUGCGAAUUUGAGGAAGGAGAUGGAAAACGUUCUCUCAUUCUGGCUGAAACGAGGCGUUGAAGGAUUCCGCAUUGACGCCAUAAACCACAUGUUCGAGGAUGAUCGAUUCCUCGAUGAACCUUCGUCCAACAACCCGAACGUUUCAGCAGGAUACUACGAUUCUCUCAAUCAUAUAUACUCCAAAGACCAGCCGGAGACCUAUAAUGUCCUUCAGUCCUGGAGAGAUUUGCUGGAUAAAUAUGCCCAGGAGUCGAAUACCGACACGAAGGUCAUUAUGACCGAAGGAUACGCGAACACGGAUCUCGUGAUGCAGUACUACACUCACGGCUCCAACAUUCCUUUCAAUUUCGGAUUCAUUACCAACACCAGAAGCGGUUCAACCGCUGCAGAGUUCAAGAGUGUAAUCGAUAGCUGGCUCGAUAGCAUGCCGGAAAACUACGUGGCGAAUUGGGUGACAGGUAACCAUGAUCAACGCAGGGUAGCGUCGAGGUACGGCUCGAAUCGCGCUGAUCAAAUGUCAAUCGUUUGUCUGAUCCUACCUGGAAUCUCAGUAACAUACAACGGAGACGAAAUCGGCAUGCUCGACGGGGAAAUAUCCUGGGUUGACUCUGUCGAUCCUGCAGCUUGUAACACAGAUGCAGAACACUUCGAGCAGUACUCUCGGGAUCCAGAGAGGACUCCGUACCAAUGGGACAGCACAACGAGCGCUGGGUUCUCCACCAGCUCGACAACCUGGCUUCCGGUGAAUCGCAACUACGUAAUCCUCAAUCUUGCUGCACAGAAGGCUGUGAGCCACUCGCACUACCACGUGUACCAGGCCAUGACGGCUCUCAGGAAGUUGCCUAUAUUCAAACGAGGGUCCUUGAGCGUGGAAGUUCUCGCUGAUAACGUCCUUGCUAUUACGCGAUCGGUCACGGGGGCCACUCCGAUCGUCGCUCUUGUCAAUUGCGCCGAAUCAAGCGUGAGCAUCAACGUCAAAAACAGCAUCGCGGUUCUAGAUCAAAUGACCGUGUAUACGUCGAGCGUUUCGUCCGGCAUCACUCCCGGCAGAAAUGUUACUACUUCCAGCGUACAACUUCCGGCGGCUACCACCAUAGUAUUGACCUCUCCAAGGCUAUAUCAAAUCGUCCACGGAGCUUAGUAAUGUAAUUAUUGUAUGUAUUUCAACAACCUCUCAUAUUCUAAAGCAAACAUUAAAUAUCUGUGUAUAUAGAAUUCCAUCAUCCGGCCUAGAUAAGAGUAUCCGAGCAGAGAACAUGGAGUCUGAAGACUAGCUCAGAGUUAUGGGGGAUUUUUUUACACCAUUUUCACGUUAUUCAAUCAAUAUUUGCUUAACAAGUAAUUGUAUCACAUGAUUUUGAAUACGUUUAACUAUCGAGUGGCUUCGCGAUUGUGUCAGUAAUAAAUUUAAGAUUUUAAAUAAAACCGUGACAAUUUGCGAUUGUUUAAAUUGUCAGCGCAUGUCUGAAAAGUGUGUUUACAAACGUAACGAACUCUAAGAAUAUUUGUUGCAACUUCUGAACUGCGAAACGGUCGAUUAUUGUAAUUACAAAGGUAAAACGACUGAAAAUCUUUAUCGCUAAUUAUAUUAUUAUCAUCGCUAUUGUUAUAACUAUUAUUCAAGCUCGUUAUAAUUGUUGCUAUU